UUUCUGGUAGAUAUGACCGAAUUUUGCCAUCACUUGUUCUCUCUAUUAAACGCCCGAAUCCUGUGUUUAUCAUUUGUAGAAAAAAUUUUUGUCUUUCUUCUUCUAUUAAAUAUUAUCUUUAAAUUAAACCGAAUCUCCCUAAUUCACUCUUUCUCAUCAAAUCCUUUGUUUUUCUAGUUUCCCCAAGAUACCUCAAAUCUCUUGAUCUCUCUAUUAAUCCCUUUAUUCCUAUUAUCCCUCUCUUCCUUUGAUUACGUUGAUUUCUU